AAAAGAUGAAGCUCGUGACGCGCAUUUGACAACCUUGGAGCAGCAUGACGCACAGCUAGAGGAGAAGAUGGAGGUGCGGUUCAUCUACAUAAACGCAUACUGCUGUCAUACGUUAUGAAGGUUCAGGAACAAGAAGAGGAACUAUUCUUACAGAAUGCUGAUCGCGUUAGUAAGUACAAGUAGAAGUAAGUUGACAAUUUUUUGGAGUACCUACGUAUAAUUAAAUCCAUACGUCGUAUAGAUACAUGCCCAGAAAGCGGGCCCAUCAAGGGCCCGCUGCGCCGGGCAUAGGUUAACAACUAGACAGAUUGACUACUAAGAGACAGAAAGAGAAGCGAAAAAAGUCGCCAAGUCUGCUCGCCAAGGCUGGGAAGGUGGCUCCCACUGUGUCAAGGAAGGGAAGGCUGGGGAGGUGACAUCCUCAGCGGCUUCGUGAGGACUUGCAUGUCUGAAGGGUGGACCCUGGUGAGCGUCAUCAUAUCCAUGAGAAGGCCAAAGAUAUACAUCUCUGUGUGUGAAAGUCGAAGCCGUUGAGGAUGUCGAUGUCUGUGAGAAUGAUAGCCGUGAGGACUUGCAUGGCUGAAGGGUGGACCCUGGUGAGCAUCAUCAUAUCCAUGAGAAGGCCAAAGAUGUACACCGCUGCGUGUGAAAGUCGAAGCCGUUGAGGAUGUCGAUGUCUGUGAGAAUGAUAGCCUUGAGGACUUGCAUGGCUGAAGGGUGGACCCUGGUGAGCUGGUUAGAAGUAUACUGGUUAACCAUCUCCAAGGGCUGCCGCGCGCUCCUGUGGUCGCUUGCUGUGUGCGGAAGGUAGUCGCGGAAGGGGAGCGAGCUAGCUUUUUUACAAAAACUUCAGGGAGGUCGUUCCGUUUUCUCUGUAUUUGAAUGACCUCCCUGAAGUUUUUGAAAAAAAGCAAAGGCGCUGGGCGAUAAAUAACAAGGGUAGCGGCUGGAAGUUCGUUGGGGCGAUUCGCUAGGGGUGGGCGCGUAGUGUCCUGCUGCAGAUGUGGCUGGGUACGUGAGUAGCCUACAAACUAACAGCCGCGAACGCGUUAACAUGUUCGCGGUGCCUUUCCACUCGUAGCACUAGCAGCGCAAGGGCUUUAGAGAGCCUUGCGAGUCCUUGCGAAUCCCUUAAGGAAGGGGCUAAUAUUAGCCAAGGGCUAUUGCAACUUUUCCUUAAGGAGCUUCCUUAAGGAAUUUUUUUUCUCUUAAGGAAAUUUAUAAUAACUUUUUGUAAUAGAAAUUCCUUAAGGAAAAGGGUUUUCCUUAAGGAAGCCACUUAAAGGAGUCUCUUAAGGAUUUCGCAAAUUAUUGCUAACCCUAUAAAUACUAAUAUUCAUAUCUAUUUUUAAUCAAUGAUAAAGAUUCUGGGACUGGGUAGCUGCUAGCGCUAAAAGCGCAAUUUCUCUUUGGGUACUUCUAGACUAAUCACACCUAUUCGGUCCUACGACGAUUCAAUAGGAGCUUUAAUUAUUCUCAUUGUCAUUGCGUUUGUCAUUAUGCAUAGUUCUUUCUUGAUGCUUUUUCAUUUUCCUGCCGCUCUUCGGGUGGUCCGCCACUUACCGAGAAACGGCCUCAAGAGUGCUUCUUGGCUGGUCACGAAGUUGAGACUCGCAGAAACGUCAAGAAAGAGCGCGUACAGUGUCAAAAAUGCAAAUUUUCCUUCUACAUCCUCGACGAAAGAAUGGACAGACGCUGUCGACGAUGCCAAGCUGAAAAUCCAUGGCGCAAAGUCACCUUUCACCAAGAAAAGAAGUCAGUGGAGGUCCCGGCAGACCUAGCAAGCAGUGUCGAUAUUGAUUUCUCGUCGAUUGGAGAAGGAGGAAAACACAAUCUGAAUUAUGACGGCAGUACUACAGAGGAAAAAAUUACAACGUGUAGAUCAUGAGUGUAGCAGUGGAUUUGCCCUCAUCAUCAUCUUUGUUAUUAAUUAUAUGACUUUGACUCUUGAACUUGAUCAUCUUACUGUUACUUUACGGGUCGUAGUCUUCAACCUAGAGCUAGAAGUCUUUAUCAUCUUCUAAACCCUAUUCGGCAAAGAAGCUUUUCACGCGCGUGGUGUGGAGCAUCAGAGGGCAUUGGACUUCAGGGGAGACGACGAUGGAGACAACUACGACGGCUUCGGGUAUGCGGGACUUUGAGUGACUGGCAUUGUAUACUUGCACUUGCAGCAUUCCCAUUCGCAGUAACAGUUCUAAACAAGAAGCAGAGCUUGGCUCGGGAGGAUGAAGAAAACAAGGGUCGAACAUGAAGGGUGACUUCCAGGGGUCGCCGAAGGAUGAAGAGGGAGAUGACUUCCAUGACAACUGCAUGUCGCUCUCUUGACCUAGUCCUUGAUGUUUGAUGUUUCUGUCGUUGUCCUCGGAAUGGACAUCUUGUUGAUCCUGUAUUUCGAAACCGUUCGCAGAAUUCGAAUAAUGUGCCAAGUACAAGUAGCUCUACCUUCGUUCUUUUCGACAAAAUCAUCAUCCCUCGUCGCCAUUGAUUUAGUUCAGGGGAAAGAUCAGUACUGAGGAGUUGGAACCGGUAAAGAAACAUCGAUCGCUCACCCGCAGCGCCGCAAAAAUGGUCGUGGAAAAUUUCGAAGAUAGUGCGGAUGCUAUUGUUAACUCUAUCUUUAUCUAUUAAGGAG